AUGUUCCCCCUGCGGCGUACCAGUACGGCUCUCUCCUUGCUCAGCCUGCUCGCCGUCCGUGUCCGGGCAGACAACCCUAUAACCCCAGGGUUUUCUUACGGCUCCGAGACAGUGUAUGGUGUGAACCUCGGAGGAUGGCUUCUACUCGAGCCGUGGAUCACUCCCAGUCUAUUUGACAACACUGGCAAUGAUAAUAUCGUCGAUGAGUGGACAUUCUGUGAGCUCCAGGACACCACGACCGCGACUGAGGCUCUCCAAAACCACUGGGAGACCUGGAUCACGGAGAUAGAUAUAGCGGACAUCGCUGCUGCAGGCCUAAACCACGUCCGACUACCCGUCGGAUAUUGGGCGUUCGAGGUCGGCGCUGGAGAGCCGUACAUCCAAGGACAGCUGCUCUACUUGGAAUCAGCCGUCAGCUGGGCUGCCAACUAUGGCGUCAAGGUGAUAAUAGACCUGCACGGCGCCCCGGGAAGCCAGAACGGCUACGAUAACUCGGGGCACAGGCUGUCCUAUCCUGAGUGGCAGUCGAAUUCGACGAACGUCCAGCGGACGGACUCUAUCAUCAAAACGAUUAUUUCCAUGUACGCUAACAACCCCGAUAUCGUCCCUAUCAUCGCGCCAUUGAACGAGCCGGCGGGAUAUGACGGCUCAGCCGUUCUGGACGUUCUAACCCAAUACUACUACGAUUCAUACGGAAACAUCAGGCGAGAGAGUAACACUGUCGUAUUGCUCCACGAUGCGUUCCAGCCUCUGAGUUACUGGUCGGGUUACAUGACCGCCCCCGAUUGGCAAGGCGUCGCAAUGGACACGCAUAUCUAUCAGGUGUUCUCGCAGGCGGAGGUAGAAUAUUCGUAUUCUCAACACAUUAGUGCCGCAUGUGCCUAUGCUUCGUCGCUCUCAGGGUUUGAUCUUUGGCUCAUCGUCGGAGAAUGGUCGCCUGCACCGAACGACUGCGCGACGUAUCUGAACGGGCGUGGUGUUGGUGCCCGAUACGACGGAUCGUAUCCGGACUCGACAUACGUCGGCAGCUGCAGCGGCUUGACAGGCCUCUCGACGUCCUUCAGCACUGAUUACAAAACUUUCCUGAGGCAGUACUGGGAAGCUCAGGCGAUUGCGUUCUCUGCGGGCGCGCAAGGGUGGAUUAUGUGGACCUGGAAGACGGAGAGCGCGGACGAGUGGUCGUAUCAGGCCGGCCUUGCUGGCGGCUGGAUACCGCAGGACCCGACAGACUACGAGUAUCCGGACAUCUGCUCCUGAACACGUUCCGCGCAUAGCUCACGGCCCCAUUUCCGCCUUUCUGAUGAAUUUACGAUUUCACUUCUUAUCUGACAUUCCCAAUUCGUUGACCUCUCCCCGUGUAUCAUCGCAACUGACGGCAUGUAUCAUUCACCUGUUUCCCCAUACUCAUGUUCGCGAUUCUUCCCUAGUCCUGAUUAGUUUGACCGCGCCUCUUGCGUCAUUGUGCAAUCAUCGUCGAUUUAGAUC